GUGCUAGACCAAUAGGACAAUCCCGUCCUGCACUCCUGCAGUGUUUCAACCAAUCAGAGCGACACUUCCUCCAUUUCCUGUUGUGGGCUCUGGAGUUGGACGGAGCAUUCCUCUGGACCAAAAUGUGUGUUAAAUGCUGCUGCCGGAAUGUGCACGACUGAUUUCACUUGUCCUCUGCAGAAGUGCGGCUCAUGACGGAGCAACAGGCCGUGUGUUUCAUGGGCCUCGGAGACGGAAGGUAUCGGCUGUUGGUCUUGAUGUCAUGACAGGUCUGUUGAUAUUCCCUUGACAACCGCGGAUCGGAUACCGACAUUCAGGGACCAUCAUGCCCAUCACGCUGCUGUGGGCCGUGGACGUGUAUGGCAGGGUGUACAGCCUCUCCACAGCAGGCCAGCGGUGGGAGCGGGCAGACGAUAUGCUGCUGGAGCUGAAGCGUGUCUCUGCAGGGAAGGGCCGCUGCUGGGGCAUCGGCUGUGACCACCAUGUUUACCUCAACAUAGUGCCCAGUGAGACGCCCAUCCGCUACAGGGAGGAGACGUACGAAAACCAGAGGUGGAACCCGGUGGAUAGCUUCACUGACACACUGCUGCCCACCGACCGCUGGCCGUGGAGUGAUGUGACCGGGAUGAAACCUCAACCGCUCCACAGCUUUGAGCUGCCUUCACGCAGCUGGGAGUGGGAGGGGGACUGGUAUGUGGAUCAGAGCUGUGGAGAACCCAGCCAGACUGGGGGCUGGGAGUAUGCAGUCGAUUUCCCGGCCAACUUCUCCCCGGACAAGAAGUGGAACUCUUGUGUUCGUCGCAGGCGAUGGAUCCGUUACAGGAGAUACAUAGCACAGGGCACGUGGGCGAAGAUCCCCCUGGACAAUCCCAAGAAGCCCCCACUGCCACUGUGUGACAUAAGCUGUGGUGGUUGGGAGAUGAGUGACCAGUCUGGAAGGUAUCCAUACCUCUGGAGCGUGUCCCAACAAGGACAGGUGUGGUUCAGGGAGGGCAUCCACCCUCGGGUCCCAGAGGGCUCCACUUGGGAGGAGGUAGAAGUGCCUAAGGAGGUGGCUCAGAUAUCAGCUGGCCCUGGAGACUUGUUGUGGGCUUUACUCUGGGAUGGGAACCUGCUGGUCCGUACUGGCCUCAGCCUGGACAGCCCGACUGGCACAUCGUGGGUCGAGGUGGAAUCGCCUGGAAACGAGGUUGAGGCGCUUCAUGUGGCUGUUGGAAUUAGCGUAGUCUGGGUGGUCACUAAAGACUAUAAGGUGUGGUUCAGGCGUGGCGUGAACUCCCACAACCCCUGUGGCUCCGGCUGGAUCAGCAUCGGAGGGGAGAUGAUGAUGGUGGAUGUCGGACUCAAUGACCAGGUGUGGGCAGUAGGUGAGGACCGCGGCCUGUACUUCAGAAUGGGUGUGACUCCGUCGGAACCAAGCGGGAACGGUUGGAUCCCUAUUUCUGCCCAGUGGGGCAACACUAAAGCGGUUGCUCCCUCCAGGAAUGAGGGUGAGUUUAGUGGCCAGCUGACUCAGGCCUCUCAGGGCUCAGUUCUGAGCUGCUCCGAGUCGGACUCAGAGUUGGGUCCUAGUGACCCGCAAAACAGCACUAGCGAGACCCCUGUCCUGGAGGCAGCAGCCCCCUCUGUGGUCCCCUUAGGGGGGGGCGACACACCUUCACCUCCCUUGAAAACAGAGGACACUCCCUCAGCCUCCCAACAGAAUGCUCCCAAACCGUUCAUCCCUGCCAGCGACAGCUUCAUCAACAGCCUGGUCUCAGACCGCGACAAAAUGUCCACACCUCAGCCAUCCAUCUCAGAAGAAGGCGACGAGCCGUCCCCGGCGCCAAUACUACCGACACCUGAGGCCGCAGGACGUGACAUCCCUUGGAUGAACGUGGAUCUGGAGGGGGCAGAAGCAGCUCGAAGUGCACAGGCGGCGGGGCUCCCAUUGGAUGGUGGCAGUGUUGCUGCCACCUACGCCCUGGGGACUCUGGAGACCUCUCAGGGUGUUGGAGAGGACGACGGGCCAGUGUGGACCUGGAUCUCUGGUGGUGGCUGUGACGUGGACGCGACUUCACAAAUCAGCUGGCUUAGUCCCACAGGUCCUCUCACCAGCUCCCUGUCACUGACUCCAGUCCAGUCAGCGGCCUGGAGCGAACAGCAGGAGCGGCAGGAGCACAGAGAGGAGAUCAGCAAGAAACCGCUGGAGCGAAGCAACUCGGUGUGGGUGCGUAAAGGUGCGUUGCGUUGGUGGAGAGACUGGAAGCCUCAUCGCUGGGUUGAUGUGGGUGUUGCUCUCGAGCAGUCCACCAAGUCUGACGGCAGGAAGGACAGCAUUUUCUUUGUCUACUACACGCAGUAUGAUGAGAAAAAGUACCUUCAUGUGUGUAUAAAUGAAGUGACGGCACUGGUUCCAGUGCUCAGGGACGGCCACUACGCCUUCGCUGUGUACACAGCAGAAAGGACCAAACAGCGGUGGCCUCUGGUAGUGGCAGCACAAACUGAAAAGGACAUGAAUGACUGGUUGUCCCUGUUAUCUGAGUGUUGCUGUGAGUGUCGAGGGAUCGCAGGUCCCCCGUCCACACAGGCCCUGUGGUCCACAACUUCAAAGGGAGACAUCAUGGUCCACGAGCCGUCCUUCUCCCUAGAAUCAGCUGCACACACACAGGCCUGCGACCUCAUGUUCUGGCGGCAGGUCCCGGGUCACCUGCGGUUUGUAGAGUCUAACAGUCUGGGGCUGGUGUGGGGCAUCGGGUGGGACGGCACCGCCUGGGUCUACAGUGGGCGCUAUGGGCGACAGCCCACCUCGGGGGAUGCAGUUCAGAUGCACCUGCAGACUGAUGUCAGGAGUGUUCAUGUGUAUGAGAAUCAAAGAUGGAACCCUAUGACAGGAUACACAGACAAAGGACUUCCUACAGACCGCCCGAUGUGGAGUGAUGAGAGCGGACUGAAGGAGUGCACCAAAGCCAACACACACCCACCCUCCCCUCAGUGGUCCUGGGUGUCAGAAUGGGCCGUGGACUAUAACGUCCCUGGAGGGACAGACAAAGAAGGCUGGCAGUAUGCUGCAGACUUCCCCGUGACAUUUCACGGCCACAAAACCAUGAAAGACUUUGUUAGGCGCAGAAGGUGGACGAGGAAGUGUAAGAUCACCCUGAGAGGUCCAUGGCAGCAGGUCCCGCCCAUCCAUCUGAGUGACAUAUCUCUGAUGCCAUGCCUGGCGCAGAGCAAGAUGGAGCACAUUCCUGUCUGGGCCCUCAGCGACAAAGGAGAUGUCCUGUGCCGGCUGGGAGUCAGCCCCCAAAAUCCUGCGGGCAGCUCCUGGCUACAUGUCGGAACAGACCAGCCCUUCAAGUCCAUCUCCAUCGGCGGAGCCAACCAGGUGUGGGCCAUCGCCAAGGACGGAGCCGUGUUCUACAGAGGGUCCGUCUCCCCACAAAACCCUGCAGGAGAAUGCUGGUACCACAUCCCAUCUCCACCGCGGCAGACUCUAAGACAGCUGUCAGUUGGGAGGACCUCCGUCUUUGCUGUGGAUGAAAACAGUAACUUGUGGUACAGACAGGGCCUCACCCCCAGCUACCCUCAGGGCUCCGCCUGGGAGCUCAUCUCUAACAACGUCACCAAGGUUUCUGUGGGACCGCUGGACCAGGUGUGGAUCAUAGCAGAUAGCAUUCCAAGCUUCCCUGCUGAGACUCCUGGAGCUGUCUGCCACAGGCUGGGGUUGGGACCCAUGCAACCCAAAGGCCUGUCCUGGGACUAUGGCAUAGGGGGAGGAUGGGAGCACAUCAGUGUUAGGGGGAACUCAGCAGAGGCUCCCCGGGCCCCUCAUCCUCCUCCUCCCUCUGGACUCCCCCGCAGCCCACUCCCUCCUCGGCCUCAGACACAAGUGAACGGCAGCGCUGUGGGUGUGUAGCCCUCCCAUCUUCUUCUUCUUCUCCUCCUCCUCCUCUGUCCCAGUCCUUUUUGUGCCUGGAUCCAUCAUUUGUCUCCUCAGACCAUUCCACAGACCCUUAUCCCUUGAUGUAAAGGGAAUGCACAAUCACACCACUGAGUUUAUACUGCAUAUUUUGGUUUGGAUGUGACUCUUGAUCGAUGGAUGAAUGUUACUCCCUGGGUCUUGUUUCCCAGGCAGAAAUCACGUCAAGAUGCAGUGACGACGAAACAGAAGAGGGAGCACAAGAGCAUUUAUGUAGGGUGGACCUUGAUCAAAAUCUUGCAGGUCAAAAUUUAAAAUUAAGUGCAUGUGUUUGCUCUUACUAGGCUUUGGCUACUGGAUGUUUUGGAAUUUAGCAAUAGCUUUUAUUCUUAUAUACAAUUUCCUGUGAAACCCCAAGAGGAUGGGACUUUGAUAAAGGGCUAAGGCUGGGUAACAAACUAACAAACCAAACCUAACCAAACACACACAGUCCCCCUGUAGCCUAAAUUGUCUUGGUUUCUUGCGUUUUUGUCUUUGUUUGUUUUUGUUUUAUCAUACAUUUGCAUGUGAUCUUAUUUAUUUAUUUAUUAUGGAUUUGUUGAAUUGUUUCUCCAUUUUUUGUCUUAUUAUAUGUUUGGAAUGGAGUGUUUUUUUGCCCAUAAGGCCUUUUCAAAAAGACUGGCAAAAUUUGAGAUCUCCGAACUUAGGGAAAAUAUAAAAAUAUGGAACAUUCAGUCCACAUUACCAGAUGAUACCUCUCUACCUGCCUACAAUGAGGAAUGUUCUUCCUGUUAGUAUCAUACCCAUCCAAAUAACUUCUAUGCCCAGGAUAUGACAGCGACUGUUUAAAUAAACUGUGUGGCAGGGUCUGAAUGACUCAACAUUUAUCUUACAAGGGCAUUGAAAUGUGAAAUAAAAGUCCAAAAAUGUUGUUUUA